AUGGACAAUAUGUUCCUAGAGACCACAGGUUUCUCUACCGCCAAAUACCGGAAACAAUUCGGCCCUGCCAACUACAACUUGAGGCAGGAGGAGCUUUUGCGUACUGUUCUCCGUGAAGACGACCGUGGUUCGAUCAUUGUCUGCAAUGGCGUUUCUCUGGAGAGAAAAAGUCAAGCUCUGUUGCAAGACUUUGGUAGAACACACCCGGUGAUCCUUGUGCAGCGCGACCUUUCCAGUAUACACAACUACUUGGGAGGGCCCGACUUACAGAGGCUCAAGGAUAUGCUAUCUUUGACCGCGCCUGUCCUUCGAGCUUGUUCCAACUACGAGUUCUACAAUAUCUCUGAGAUUAAGACUGCCAGCACCGAUGCGCUUCCUGAUCAUCCAGUCGCUCCAGCAUUCCUUACACUGAAGAGAGCACAAAGAACAUUUCUCAAAUUUCUGUCAUUAAUCACCACUCCCGAACAUGCGAACAGUCCGGGUAGGAUGGUUAUACCACCACUGGAGCCUGGAUACCCACUCGCCGAUGUAGCGAUCGAGCGUCGGAAAUACACAUGUGCAGUCCAGGUGUCAACAGAAGACAUAUUGACCGAAGAUGCCAAUAUCCAGAGUCUUGAAGUUGGAUCAGAUGCCUUUGAGAUUGUUCUUGAUCUGAGCCAGAAAAGCCAGACUGCCGAUCUCAUGAACGAUGUGAGCGCUUGCAUGUCAAAAGUACGGAGAAGCACAGUGGUUCCCAUCAUAUACCAUGUGCUUCCCACAUCAAGUGCAGAUGGCAGUCGGACGCUUUAUCUGCAACACGUAUAUCAUGGGUUGAGACUGGCACCCGAAUACGCGACUAUCGACUUGUCGCUAGAUCCUCGCGCGCUCGCCGAUGUGAUUGCCACUCGAGGUACCACCAGGAUCAUUGGCCAUUUGCAUACCGACAAGGCUUGGGAUGACCACUUUUGGGUCACACAAUACGAAAUGGCUGAAGUGACAAAAGCCCUCUACACUUCGUUCACGCUCGAUCCGAUGAAAAUGUACAUUAUCGGCAUACGCAUAGGAUACAGUGUCUCGCCUGCAAUGCAUAACCUUGCGUACGAAGCAUGUGGCAUGCCUCACGAGUUCAUCCGCAUCGAGAGUCCUUCGUUGAGCAGCCUCAAAGAGCUCGUGCGUAAGCCGAACUUUGGCGGCUCUAUCGUCAUCCAGCCUUUCAAGAUGGAAGUGAUUGCGCUCGUGGACUCACUAAGCCAACACGCUCGAGCUAUUGGAGCUGUCAACACUGUCAUACCUGUGCGCAGACGAAAUCAAGAUGGUAAUCUUCCAAGUGACCUAGGGAUCUUCCAGGAGCGCAACCAGUCUGGACCGAUUCAGGCGCUCUACGGAGAUAAUACGGAGUGGAUUGGACUUCGAUCAUGUCUGGGGGUCAUGAACAUUGCCAUCUUUAACAGGACGUACGAGAAGGCGGAAAGUCUUGUCGCGCAUUUCAGCAGGCUUGCCCAAUCCUCGGUAGGCACUUCAUCGCCAAAUACACCGAAAGGGCAGCCGAGUUUUGUGAUUCUCAAGUCGCGAGAAGACCCAUGGCCUGAGCAUCUCCGUCAGCCUACCAUCAUCAUAUCAUGUAUACCCGCCGAUCCGAUAGAUGAUAGACCAGCAGCACAUUUCACCCUUCCUGCACAGUGGAUGGAGAGUGCCACGGGUGGUGUUGUGAUGGAGACUGCCUACAAAACACUCAAUACACCGUUGAUGCAGCAAAUGGUGAAUGAACCCAAGAAGCUGUGGACAUAUAUGGACGGUCUAGACUUUAUACCCGAGCAAGCUUUUGCUCAGUUUGAGCUGUUUACGGGCAAGCGCGCACCGCGAAGGGUGAUGCGCGAAGAGGCGUUGCGAGCGUGGAGAGACGAGCAGGGCAACAGCAAUAUGGAGAUGGUGAGGAGGAGGUUAAAGGCGAUUGAUGAUCAGGAGCCAUAA